AUGACGAGAACAAACAAGUGGACCGAACGUGAAGGAAAGGCUGAUCCAAAGUACUUUUCGCACACUGGUAACUACGGUGAAUCUCCAAAUCACAUCAAGAAGCAAGGUUCCGGCAAGGGUAAUUGGGGUAAGCCAGGCGAUGAGAUUGAUGACUUAAUUGAUAAUGGUGAAAUACCCCCAGUGUUCAAGAAAGAUAGAAGAGGCUCAAAUUUGCAAUCGCAUGAACAAAAGUUUGAAAACGUCCAAAAGGAAUGA